AUGCCGCCGAAGAAGUCCACUCCGACUGCUGGUGAGCCGCGUCGCUCGACACGCACCAAGACGGCCAGCUCCAAAUCCUCCGACUCCAAGACCAAAUCCUCCACGUCGUCGAAGAACACUUCCACGCCAGCCAAAUCCAAGUCCUCCCCCGCGAAAAAGACCCAUGGUAGCAAGCACGACACGCACGAUGCGCCCGCAGCGCACAACGCCACUGCGUCGCACCUGCCCAAGAAAGGCCAGAAGGUCACCUGGAAAGCCAUGCCCGGCUGGGUCGAGGGUCACGUGCUCGAGAUUCUGACCGAGGACAAGACCGUGGAUGGCAAAAGCGUCAAGGCGACCCAGGAGGAUCCGAGGAUCGUGCUCAAGAGCCACGGUCCCAGUGGCAAAACCGCUGUCCACAAGGCGAGCGCUGUUUGGUUCGACUAG